GGUACCGGGCACCARUGGGUGCUGGAGCUGAACUACCCCCACCGGGGCCRCGGGCAAGCUUGGCCCUAGGGCGGCAGGGCCUGGGGACACGAGCAGAGGGACAUCCCUACCUUGGGGUCAGGGGCAAUGAGACAGCCCCGAUUUGGGGACAGGAAUGCAGGGACACCCCUACCUUCAGAACAGGGUCAGUGGGAUAUCCGUGUGAAGGGUGACACGGCCCCAUUUCCCAGACAACAUGCUCACCUUGCAGGCGUUGCCACCCGAGCCUGGCACCAUGGACAAGCCCAUCAGUCCGGGGGAGCUGCUAUGUCUGGGCUCCAGCCUUGCCUUCUCUGGCCUCUUCUACUACCUGUACAGGAGGAAAGCCAGAGUCGUGGCCCGCAUACAGGAGGCCCCAAAGCUCCAGGUCGAUGACAAUUUGCCAGCCCUUGUGUCUGCUGCUGAGGGGAGAUGCCUGCCUUAUGUUGCCCUGGAAGGCAUAGUGCUGCCAGCCCAGGCUGCACUGACCAGCCACUACCAUGAGGGGCUGCAGGGCGUGAUCCAGAAACUGCUGCUGAAGGAGCAUCGGCUGAUCUGGAACAGCUUGGCCCGAAGCUGGAGUGAGAGCGAGAGGGUGCUCUCAGAGCAGAUCUACACUGUCCCCUUCCUGCUGGCCUCKCCAGGCUCUGAGGCAGUGACACAGGUGAGUGUGGACAGCCCGCUCCAAGCCGUCUGCCUGCCCCUGGAGAUGGUAUACGAGCGAUUCCAGCAGCCAACCCACGGCUUCCGCGACCUGCUGGGCCAGUACCUGAUCGGGGAGAAGCCCAAGGGCAUCCUGGAGACGGAGGAGAUGCUGCGGGUGGGGGCCGGSCUGACGGGCAUCGGAGAGCUGUCCCUGCAGCCCGAUGGCUCCUUGCACCUGCAGCCUCCUAGCCGGGGAGGCGAGUUUUUUCUGUGCCUGGGGGACUGGCAGACGGUGCUGUCGGAGCUGGAGUCCACCAGCAGGCUGUGGAAGGGGGCAGCGUUGCUGUGUGCUGCAGCAGGGCUGGCUGUGCUCCUGCACGCCCUGUGCUGUGCCUACCGCCGCUCCCGCCCCAAGCAGCAGCAGGACGACAAGGAGAUGGAUGGGGAGGAGGCCGGGGACGGGGCACCCGAGGACUCCUGUGUGAUCUGCCUGGCACGGCCCCGUGAGUGUGUCCUCCUGGGYUGUGGCCACAUCUGCUGCUGCUUCCGCUGCUUCCAGGCCUUGCCCACCCGCCUCUGCCCCAUCUGCCGGGGGCCCAUUGACCGCGUGGUGCCCCUCUACCAGGCCUGAGAGCACCUGGGCAUGUCCAGGGACGGGCAGUGCAAAUCGAGCCAAGCCUGGAGCCUGCAGAAAUCUCGAUUGUCUUCUCAUGUGCAGCUGUGCAAUUCUUGUUGAGAGGGAGGAGUCUUGGUGUGCCCUUYAAUCUGUUUUGGGGGUGGGGGGAGUUAUAGCCUCCUCAUCCUCCUUUUGUCUACCAGACAGACUCCUCUAAAACACCAAGGCUUGGGGAAAAUCUACACAACACCUGAGCUGAGGAGCUGAGACCCCAGCCCUGUGCUGGGGUACUACUUUGGCUGCCAACUGUCGGACCUUUUUCAGCCAUGAUGCCCCCAAAGCCAUGAAGGACUUCUCCCUUGUGAUUUUUCUUCCAGUGUGUGGAUUUAUGGGAAGGAUUAUAUUAUGAAGGCAAGACCAGGGCUGGUGGGACACAGCAGGCACAGUGGAGUGGCAGAAACCCAACUCCUGAGCCGUUGCAGUGGCAUACCUUGGUGCCACUGUUGUUCUGCCACCCCGAUCUGUGUGCCUACAGCCAUUGCCCAGAUCACGCAGGGGGAACCCAGGGUCUGGCAGUGAUGAGUCCCUUUGCCAGCUGCUCUACCAUCUAGGGAGGGGGGCUAUCACCCUCUGUCMCUCCCUGCAGGGGGAACAGCUUUAGAGUGCCCCAGAGCCUGCCCUCUUGUCCAGUCCCACUGCACCCGGUUUUCCUACUCAACUCCUGGACAGGACCAAGGGUGGGAAUGGCUUGCAGUGGUGUGUGGAGUGAUAAAGGCAAGG